AUGGCAACCCACGUAGCGCCCACCGCCGCGGAAUGGCACCCCGGCGAGCAGGCCAUGCACCGACUGCUGCGCGUCCCGGCGCGCGACAACCCCACGGCGCGGGGCUUCCUGCCGCCCUCGACCGGGUCGCGAAUCGCCGCCGCGCCGCUGCUCGCCGUCGGCACGCUGGAUGGGAGGGGGAGGCCGUGGGUGGCGGUCUGGAGCGGCGAGGCUGGGUUCUGUAGGCCGGUUGCGCGGGGGGUGCUGGGGGUGCGCGUUGAGGGGACGGAUGUAAGAUGGGAUCCUGUUUUGGGGGCUUUAUUUGGAGGUGGGGAGGGUGCAGGAGAAGAGGAUGGGAAAGGGAGAGGGGGAAGGCAAGAGGGAGAUGGGGACGACGGGGUUGUCCGGCCCGAGGGCGGCAAGGUCAUGGCGGCGCUGGCGAUCGACCUCGAGACCCGCGACCGGGUUAAGUUUGCCGGCCGCAUGCUUGCCGGCUCGGUGGCCAGACGGCAGAAUGGCGUCGGCGGCCUGCAGAUGGCGGUCCAGGUCGAGGAGGCGCUGGGGAACUGCCCGAAAUACUUGAAUAAGAAACACAUCACGCCGCAUCUCCCUUCACCGCGCCUGGUGUACGAGGGCAAGGCUGCCAUGCCGCAGUGGCUGCCGCGGAAGGCGGUCGAGCUGAUCCGCAGGGCGGACUUGUUCUUCAUCGCUAGCAAGCACGGCGGCCGCGACAGCAUGGACGUCAACCACCGCGGCGGCGCGCCGGGAUACCUGCGUCUUCUGCGCAACGGCGACGACGGAGGAGGUGGAGGAGGAAGAGGGGGCUUGACCCUCGUCUACCCGGAGUACUCGGGCAACCGUCUGUAUCAGACCCUCGGCAACCUGCACUCGGACCCGUGCGCGGGAAUCGUGGUGCCGGACUUCGAGCGUGGGGACGUGCUGUACCUGACGGGCAGUGCGUCGAUCCUCGUCGGUGCGGAGGCGGCGGUGUAUAUGCCCCGCGCGAAGCUGGUUGUGCGCAUCGAGGUUGAGGAGGCCCGGUUUGUGGAGGAUGGGCUGGGGUUUAGGGGGGAGGCGGGCGAGAUGUCGCCGUAUAAUCCGCCGGUCAGGCGGCUUGUGGGGGAGGAUCGUGGAGGGGAUACCGAUGCUGGUGGUGGUGGUGGUGGUGGUGGUAGAGGAGAUGGCAUCGUCACAGCGACACUGGUCAGACGGCAGGAGAUUACGCCCACGAUCGCGCGGUACGUGUUCCGGCUCACACCCAGCACCUCACGCGUGGCAGCAGGGGCGGCGGCGGCGCAGCCGAUGAGGGCCUGGCUGCCCGGCCAGCACGUCACGCUCGGCUUCGCGGGGGAGCUCGACGCCGGGUGGUCGCAUAUGCGCGACGACGACCCGGGCAGCCUGAACGACGACUACGUGAGGACGUUCACGGUCAGCGCGCCCAUCGACCCGGGAUGCGUGGACGGGCGGGGCGGUGUGCGCGAGGGGGCGCGGCCCGAGGUCGAGAUCGUAGUCAGGAGACACGGGGCCGUGACGGCGUUGCUGGCGCGGUGGAAUUUGCGGACGCCGCUGGAGGUCCCGGUGCUGGGGUUUGGAGGGCUGGAGGGGUUUGCUAUGCCGGUUUUGCGGGAAGGAGACGAUGAGGGUGGGGAAUGCGUGGUUGUUGCUGGAGGCGUCGGCAUCACGCCCCUGAUGGCGCAGGCCGCCGCCGUGCUGGAUGGCAGGCGCGGAAAGGGGCUCAGGGUGCUGUGGAGCCUCCGGGGCGAGGACCUCGCGCUUGCCGUGGAUGUGCUCCAGCGGAUAUACGGGCUGGGGGAUGUGAUGAAGCUCUUUGUUACUGGGCACGUAGACGAGAAGGCGAGGGUGCUUGUGACUGCGGUUCAGGGGCUCGGUGCUGAGGUUUUGGAGAGGCGCGUGGGGGAGGAGGACGUGUUGAUGGCAGGGGGGAGGGGGGUGGCAAGGCGCAAGUUCUACUGCUGCACGGGGCCGGCGAUGAUGAAGACGCUGUUGCGGUGGGUGGAAGGCGAGGAGGUCGUUCUCGAGAGUUUUGAGUAUUGA